UUUUGAAAUACACAAAAACAUUGUUACAGUUAUCAUUCUAAAUAAAUACACAAUAAAAUUUCAAACACAAAAUAUUUAAAGAUUUGCAAUGGGAGACGGAGGGCAGCCAUAUUACUAUAGACUGGAGCGACAAAAGUUUGCAUGUGUUGCAUAUACGCUAACAGCAGUAUUUUUGAUUUUUGCAUGUCUGCAAUGGUAUUUCUUUCAUUUAAUUGAUGAAACCAACAAGUACUUUACAAAAAAUUAUUGGUUUGGCAUAGUAUUCUUUGUGCUUAGCUUAUUGCUUAUCCUCCUCUUCAUUUUCUUUGAAGAUCUGCGUUUCACUACACCAGUGAAUUGGAUAAUAACCUUUUUAAUUUUUGAGUGCGUUGUUUUGGGAGUAACUUCGUUAAUCGUGCGCCACUAUCAAUAUCAUUUCUUAAUAAGCUUCAUAAUAUGGGUCAUUGUGCUAGGCAUUUUUAUACUAUUUGGAUCCUUUAUACCGCAUGACUUGACCCUUGACAUUGUGGUUCUUGUUAUUGUGGGAAUUGUUUCCCUUAUCGGUGCUAUGUACUUCCUAAUGCUCUACAUUGUCGCAAAUGUGCCAUAUUCAUUUUUCGUCUACCGUGGCUUUAUUGUAUUGAGCAUUUUAUUGUUUGUUAUGUAUCAUGCACAAAUUAUAAAUGGGGGACGAUUUGCUGAAAUUCGGGAUCACGAUUAUCUUUUAGCAGCUUUAAUACUGUUUUACGAUUUUCUACUCUUGUACAUAUUCACAUUUCAGCUUGCGCCAAAGUGGUCAGAUGACUGCGACGAGCACAGAAAUAAAACAAGUGUUCUUGUAGUGGACAAGCAUUUAAAGGCAUCAACAGUAGCAGUUAAAAUGGUAGCAGUCACCCCUCCAACCGAGCAAUGAUUUGUCAUUAUAAAAUUUGUAAAUGUGCAGUUUUGAAUACGCGCGGUUAAAAUAAAGU